CGUUGAGUGAAAUGAGUGCAAUUGCGUGGAAGCCAGAACCGACCCCCAAGGAUAAUGAUGAUGACCACAAGAAGUCGAAGAGGCAAAGGAGAAAGGAUGCAAAUAGAUGGGUAUCGACUAGGAGAUAUGCAAGAGUUCCACUAAAAAUAAUCGCCGCUUUAUGCACUGUAUACGUCAGUAUUUUGUCCUCGGAACGGUAUUUCUACUACUGGGUUCAGACCUCCAUUGAAAGGACCGACAUGCAUGUCUCUGAGAUUGACUUUCCGGCCGUCACCAUUAUUCCGCUUAACUUUACCAGUCUGCAUACAUCAAAUAAAUCGCAGCAGUUUUCCAAGGUCUACAAUUUGGUUCAGUCCGUGAUCUGGCAGACCCCGAUGUCAGCUCGUCUGACGGAGGAGAACUUCACGGAGUUCUCUGAUUACGACAACUGGAACAUUAGGAAUUCCGAUAUCACCAAGUCCUGGCAGAUGAAUUGCAAGUACUUUUUCACCGAGUGCCAGUGGCGUCGCAAGGCAAUGAAUUGCUGUGAAAUAUUCAGUGCUGGAAAGACCUUUAAUGGGUUUGCCUUCGAGUUCAAUUCCCUUCUCUCCUCGGGAAGAAAUGAAGCUUGGAAAGUGGCUGCCUCGGGUUCCUACAGCGGUCUCUAUGUCAAGAUCAAACGGCAGCACAGUCAGUUUAUAGUGAAUUCACUAGGGGUCAUAGUACACGAGCCAACUCAGUAUCUGGGCAUGAGCAUUGAUUAUUCCUCGGAGGAUCGCAUUGUGGUUCCGGUGGAACCACUUCACUUUACAGCUGAAGCAGAGGUCCGCGCCCGUCCUGUUCAGAUGCGUCGCUGCUAUUUUGGAAAUGAAAUCUCACAGCGUAACCAAUCCCGAUCGGAAUGCAUCUACAAGUGCCAUUUCAAAUAUAUUUUUGAGAAGUGCAAUUGCACUUUCGAUUGGAAUGAUAAAGACGGUUCUAAAAAGAAAAAUGUUGCAGAUGCAAAAGGAAGCAGCAGUACUAGGACUUGUGGUAUCUCGGACUUUGCCUGUUUCAAUAAGCAUAAGCUUUCCCUGCUUUCCAUGAGCAACAUCAUCGAGGAGUCCAGGGACAAUAUAUUCACAACCUAUGAUUGCGGCUGUUUUCCUGAGUGUAAUCACACCCAAUAUCAUACUUCAACUUACACCGAGAAAUUGAGCACACACACCGCCCAUGCCACGGAAAUCGAGAUAGAUGUGUAUUUUCAAGAGGAAACUCUCUUCUCCUACCGCUCUAUGCUCCGAUUCACCCUGAUCGAUUUGAUGGUUUCCUAUGGAGGAAUAGCUGGCCUGAUCAUGGGCAUCUCGGUUCUGGGCUGUUUCAACACCUUCUUAGAUCACUUCGCCUGCUGUCGCCUUCCCCAUGAUCCCUAGUGUGGAAAUCUCUGAAACUCUAGCCAUCUGCAGCUGCGUUCUCACGUUUCCAUACUUACCUGUAAUCAGGGCACAUAUACAAAUAUACAAACACCUGGUUCUUGGGAUACAUACAUAAAUAAAUCCAAAACAAAACGCAUUAGGAGAAUCGUUUUGAGUUUAACUACCUGCACAGUUAAUGGAAA